GCCCUUGCCUAUAUAAGUCGAAGCCUCGCCCGAUCGCGGUUACAAUCACGCUCUGUUCGUGUUCACUCGAAGGUCGAGCUGGAGACCGACGUGUUGUUCAGAUACACGCACACGUUUCCUUCCGCCAACCGCCGCAGUGACUCGCAAUCGUAGCGACGAUUUUAGAGUUCGACGAACUGGUGAUAACGCGAGGAGGUCGCGUCCGCGCGAUAAGCCAGUAAUACAGUUAUCAAAGUGAAGUUUUGAUUGUGCCGCAGCAAAAGAAAAAAAGAAGAAAAAACGGAUUAAACCAUGCAGAUGCACGAGCAGAUCAUUCUAGCCGAUGGGCAGGAGCAGCCGAUCUCCAGGACAUACCAGUAUCGGAAGGUGAUGAAACCGAUGCUGGAGCGCAAACGCCGAGCGCGCAUCAAUCGCUGCUUGGACGAGUUGAAGGAUCUGAUGGUGACCGCGCUGGCCGGCGACGGCGAGAACGUGGCGAAGCUGGAGAAAGCGGACAUCCUGGAGCUGACGGUGCGUCAUCUGCACAAGCUGCAGCGCCAGCAGCGUCUCUCGGCGAAUCCGGUGAUCGACGCCGACCGUUUCCGCGCCGGCUACACGCAUUGCGCGAACGAGGUCAGCCGCUGUUUGGCCGCCACCCCCGGCGUGGACGUCGCCCUCGGCACCAAGCUGAUGACGCACCUCGGCCACAAGCUCAACUCCAUGGACAAGACCGGCCCGUUGACGAUCCACGUGACCGCGCCGCAGUCCUCGCUGUCGCCCACCAGCGAACUCAGCGCCGACGAAUACCCGAUGCCGUUGACGCCGGCGUCCAGCCAACCAUCCCCGGUGCGAACCGACAUCGAUGCCGUCUCCCAGAGCCACCAGGGUCUCCUGCAGGUGGUCAAACCGAACGAGCCCAUCUGGCGACCUUGGUAAAAUUCUCAUCCUGACACGGCGGAUCCGCCGAAGUAAAUCCGAGUAAACCGGCGAAAAAAAAAAGAAAGAAAAAAAGAAAGAAAGAAAAACUCUCGGAUUCGAGAACUAUCGCCGGUGUUGCAAUCUCUGUCUGUGAUCUGAACGGAAUGAACGCCGCGUUCACGGGAAACAUCGCGAGAAGGAAGAGCGAGGAGUCUACCCGCGCGGCAAGAAGAUCACCUAGACUUAAGGAGUUCCAUUUGCUCAAGGACACUCGGACCGACGUGGACGUCGGACUUCUCACGACGUUUCCGACAUUCCCGCCAUCGACUUUGAUAACGUUCCGCAGGAGUCAGGAAAGCACCUGGGAUCUCUCGACACGUAGUUUUAUCCACGGCCACGCGCGGCUGAAGCUUUAAUUUACUCGACGAGUUAGAUGUUUUCUAUUGUUUAUUUCAUACUUUUAUCAAGAAUGUUUUUUUUUCUUUUUAUUUUCUUCGCCGAUGUAUGAGUUCGUUGUUGUAUUAGUCUCUUCGAGUCCGAAUCGAGAACAUCGAAUGUGGGACGACGACGAUAACGAAUGGCCUUACGAGGCGGCGAUCUCGGUGAUUCCGCGAAGCGGCGCGUCCGUUUCGCAUCGCGUGACGCGGAUAUAUGUAAAAAUGAACGAGCGGAGAAUCUUGUGAUAGAGAAACGUGUACCUGUGAUAUUUACUGUAGUAGACGUAGAGAAUAUGAUAGAUGACUAGAUUUUUAAUAAACAUGUUUCGUAUCCAGCAA